AAAAUGCUUCGAUUCCGUAGUCCAAGCAUCCCUUCCCUCAACCAGGAGAUCCAAUGCACGGUGCGUCUUCUGGACGACUCCGAGGUCUCCUGUAAUAUCCAGAGGGAAACUAAAGGGCAGUUCCUGCUGGAUCAUGUCUGCAACCACUACAAUCUCAUGGAGAGGGACUACUUCGGCAUCAGAUAUGUGGAUCCAGAGAAACAGAGACACUGGCUGGAUCCCAGUAAACCGGUAGUGAGGCAAAUGAAAUCUCAGCAGCCAUAUACCAUGUGCUUCAGAGUAAAGUUCUACCCCCAGGAGCCAAUCAAGAUCAAGGAGGAGCUGACGAGGUACCUCCUGUACCUGCAGACCAAGAGGGAUAUUUACCAUGGCCGUUUGCUGUGUCCGUUUGCUGAUGCAGCAUACCUUGGAGCAUGUAUUGUGCAGGCUGAGUUGGGUGACCAUGACGCAGAUGAGCACCCUGAGGACUACAUCAGUGACUUCAAGCUCUUCCCCAAACAGACCCUGAAGCUGGAGAGGAAGAUCAUGGAGCUCCACAGAAAUGAGUUGAGAGGACUUAGUGCUGCCAUGGCUGAACUCAACCUCCUCCAGAGGGCACACGCACUUGACACAUAUGGAGUGGACCCACACCCCUGCAAGGACUUCACCGGAGCCACUGCCUUCCUUGGAUUCACUGCCCGAGGCUUUGUGGUGUUUCAGGGGAACAAGCGCAUUCACCUGCUCAAAUGGGCCGAUGUCAACAAACUCAAGUUUGAGGGGAAGACGUUUUAUGUGAUUGGUCUCCAGAAAGAGAAGAAACUGGUGUUGACCUUCCACACCUCCACACCAGCAGCCUGCAAACAUUUGUGGAAGUGUGGAGUUGAAAAUCAGGCAUUUUACAAAUGUGCCAAGUCGAGCCAGAUCAAGACCGUCUCCAGUAGCAACAUCUUCUUCAAAGGGUGCCGGUUCCGAUACAGUGGGCGGGUAGCUAAAGAGGUGAUUGAAGCCAGCUCUAAGAUCCAGAGGGAACCUCCAGAAGUUCACAGGGCUGGAUUUUGUCAAAGUAAAAGUUUCAGCUCACUCAGUCACAAGCAGCUGAUUAUGAACAUGGAGCCUCUACUGCCUGCAGACAACAGAGACACUGCUGCAGACAACGGUCUUGUGGCCCUGAAGGAUUCUGUUCAUCUCUCUCCUCUGAAGCCGUCUGUCAGCGCAGGGGAGGCGGAGCCUGAUGAGCGGAGAGGCGGAGCCCAGGCAGAGGCGGGGCCUGCAGACGCCGGCGUCCCGGCCGAGGGCUCGGCCUCCAGGGAGCGGCCCGAGGAGAAGGAGGGAGGAGCGGGCCGCCAGGCGGAAGAGCCCCCCGCCGCAGAGGAGGAGGAGGAGGAGGAGGAGGAGGCAGAGUCGGGCACGCUGACCAUCUCCGACAUGGUGUACAGCCCGUGCGCCAGCAUGCUGCCCACGCCGGUGGAGGAUGGCGGCGCGGGAUUGGCCGGCGGUGGCGACGGGGGCGUGGCCUGUCUCUUCCAGAGCCCCGGCCGCAUGCUGCGCGAGCUCCACGCCGACCCCGAGGUGCAGCGCCAGCUGCGGGCCGAGCGGGAGCGCGAGGUGGCGCUGGAGGCCACGCGGCUGGCCAUGUGCCGACCGACGCACUCCCGCUGGCAGCAGCUGGGCAGGUGGGCGCGCGUGGCGGCCCGGCUGGCGGUGGCCGUCGGAGGCCUGCUGCUGCUGCUGCUCCCCGCCAUGCUGCUGCUGCUCGAGUCCGACCUGGACGUGGCCUUCCUGCACGACAUCCGCCAGACGCCCGAGUUCCAGCAGUUCCACUACGACUACUACUGCCCCAUGCGCCGCUGGCUGCUGUGCGAGCUGGACAUGCUGCUGGAGGCCGUCGUGGGAGACUGAGCACCAGGGGGCGCUACAGACGCUCCUCCACAUCACUGGACUAACUGUGGGAGACGCG